AUGUUCGUCCGUGCAUUCAUCCGUCUUCUCAUCCGCUUCAGCUUCUCCUUCGAUUCCUCCAUCCAAUAUUCCUCCAUCGUUUUGAUCCAUCUACGACUCCCCGAUCUCCGUCUGUUCCUCCGCUCCGUUUCUCGUUCGGCUGUCAUCAGAGCAACCAAGUCGAGCAGCCAUGAACCCUCCGAACCGUGGUCAUGGCUUCAAGCCAGUCGGCUUGGCCAUUACAACACGGAGGAAACGACGUGUAAUUAA